UUUCAUUCAAUACAUAUUGUCAUUUAAUAUCAACAUAAAUACAUGUAGAUAAGUUUUUAUUUUAUAUAUUUUAUAUACAUAUGUUUUUAAAAUAGAGAAGAUUUACUUAAAAAAUGCGGGUAUUAUAUGGAGCAUCCGAUGAAAAAUUCGUGCAUUCGAGGGAGAGUUUGACCGAUGAAAUACCCAUACACUCCAAAGUAGAAAGCUAUCAUUUUGGCGAUAUACCAUUUCUCAGAACGCAGGGCCCAACUUUCGACAAGAACUCAUUACCCAUCGUUUUUCGAGUUUCUCCUGAUACUUUGCUCAAUCUAGCUUCGAAUAUAGUGGACAAAUUACCAUUACCAUCGGUCUAUGAGUGGACAAUUGAGGAUGUUUGUAGAUGGAUACGGCAAUAUGGCUAUCGGCAUUAUCAGAACACCUUUCGGGUCAACUUCAUUACGGGACGUAAACUAUUGCUGGUGGAUGCAAAGGCCUUGACAUCGAUGAACAUAAGAAACUUCGACGACAUCAAGCAUAUAGCUUACGGCAUAAGGCAACUAUUUCUCUUUGAGAUGACGAAAUUUAUGCGUAGUAUCUCGUUACCACCACAACACUACUACGAAUUAUACAAACUUUUUCGCGUAAAUACUGGUCGCACUUACGAUAUGACCACACGCACCGAUCUAUGGCGCAGCAUGCAAUUAAUACGCAAGAGAAAACCAUAUCUCUCACACUGGGAGACACUCGAACGUUGGUUGGCGCACCCACAUGAAUCCGAUAAUGUGGAGCUAAUCGGCGAUGCGCCACGCUAUCGUCUCUAUCAAUGCAAGGCAGCGAAAAGAACAACAAAGCAUAGUAUAUCAAAGAAGGGAAGCAUCAUAUGCAAGUGUGUGCCGCCAUGCGUUUGCUUUCACAAAGAAAACUUCCUCAAAACACCCACUGUAUUCACAUUGCUUAAGUCCACGCGUUCCCCGGAUACAAAUUAUGUGUGUCAUAAGAAAUAUUGCGGAGACCAUAUGCCACCGUGUACUUGUCACUGGAAAUCUGCAAAUUUCAAAUUUGAACAGAUACUAACGUGUUUACGCAAAGAAUUACCGCUUCGAUAUGGUGCGGAUAAUAAGCGUCCAACUCAGGUACACUCGUUCACGAGUGAAGGCUUGGUCAGCCGAAUCACAAUAUAAAUCAAAAAAUUACCUAAUUAGCGCUUCACCAUGAAAAUGUACUUCAUAUAUAUAGAGAUAGUAUAAAAGAUUUUGCAAUGCAAAUGAAUGUCGAAAUCACAUGAAAUGUCUAUUAUAUUAUCGUUUUGAACACUAUUCUGAAUGCUGUAUUAUUAAACACAGUUGGCAAGUUUUAAUGAAUAAAACUAAAAAAAUGUUUAAGCUGA